UUCAAAUGUCAGAAAGAUAUAAUAUUAUUGUAUAAUAUUUAAUAUUUGAAACUCGAGCUUUAUAAGACUUGCAUUUGUCGCAAAUUCAUUUUUCAACAAAACAUGAGCGAAAUAGAAAAUAAAAAUGUUCCAUUAAAAUCUAAAUACAAACGUUCUAAUCAGUCGUAUUCUACGGAUACUUGUAACGAAGAUGAUCACGACUGGUGGGCAAGCGACAGCGGUUCCAGCACAGGAUCGUAUUACUCCGAUACCGACAGUUCUCUGGUCGAAUGGGAAUCGGAGAUUGAACCCAACGGAGAAGUAUUUUACAUAGAAUCCGUGGAAGAGAGUCUGCUCGAUUCCGACCGUCCAACUUCGGAGGAUAAGGACGAUAGUCCGCAGCCUGAACUGACACGUCGUCGUAGCACGAGGGCUGGCAAAUUGUUCCGUCUGAUCAGACGCAAAGAGAGUAAGCGAUGGAGCAUGAGAAAUAAGAGGAUCAACAAUAGCACUGCUGCAAGUAACACAGUUGCACAGGAGAAAGGAGAUGGAAACAAGGAAGUCACGUUUCAAGAUUUCCAGGCAGGAGAAAUUCGUAAAGUUACGUUGUGGAUUGAUCCGGAAAGAAGACAUAAGUUGGGAAGAAGAGCAACCUUGUGCGAAGCAUAUUUUGGCAUCACACCAAAAGCUUUUUCAGAUAAUAUCAAAGUUAUGGUAGCAGGAUUUAUACCUGAUGGUGAAGCUAUGAAGAAUAAAGAUAUCAAAAUUGGAGAUUGGUUACGAAGUGUCAAUUCGAAUAAUGUUACAUUUCAAAAUUUAGAUCAGAUAUUAUCUGAAAUUACCUCGCCAUCAAACGUAAUAUUAGAAUUGCAAACAGUAGCUGGAAUUGAUGUUACCACAAAACUAUCAAGAAUAAAUGAGCCAAAACAAUCAGUAUUAGCCCAAUACUUAGUAAAUAGAGGAAAUAGUAUUUCCUUGAUGGAAUCAUUGUUGGAUUAUCCAUUGGGUGUAAUAUAUUUAAAGACUACAGAUCUUUCGGAAGUAGGACAAGAAUUGCAGGGUGUAUUGUACACAUUUCCGCGAUCCAAAAUUAAAAAUUCUUCCUUAUGUACCGCAAGAGGAGCUUUUAUAACUCUUAAUCAUUUAUUACCCAGUAUAGUGAGCCUACAACCCAUCAGUACCACUAUCACCAUAGAUAAGAAGGAAACACAUGUUGUAUAUACAUCUUGUGAUGAUGAAUUGCUUUUAAUAGCUUUACCUGAUGAAUGCUGUACCUCUCAAGAAGCUAUCAAAAUUACGGAGGACAUUGUCAGAACAUUAGAAUUUACUUAUCAGUCAUUGACAAAGUGUUUUACUUCAAAAAAUCAAUCCUCCUUGGAUCAUUUUUUCACUUUAUUUAUACACAGAUUAAUGAAUAUCAAAGAUACCGAUGCAAGAAAAAAUCUGUCAAAAUCGGAAGAUAGUACAGAAAAUAUAGAAAAUUUUAAAUUCAGAAGCGCUUUCUCUGUUGCAAGUUUUAUACAGCUACCGAGAGACGCGCAGAUUCAAAUAGACGCAGCGUUAAGUGAAAUGGAAGCUAUGGAUUACAGAGACUGGAACGAGGAUCCCAUGGACUGUCAGAGAUUAUAUACUAUAUUAGGGAGUUGCAUUUAUCACAAAUGCCACCUUUUGGGAUCUCAUUUGCCUCACGAAGACUUGAUUGACGUGCAUUCGUUUCUGAGGCACAACGGCCUGUUAAAUCUGAUGAAUCAGGAACAAGUGAAAUGUCUUGUUCUAUGGAAGCAGAUUUAUCCUUCAUCUUGCAAUCGCGGGAACGUUGAAUGUAGCAAUAGCGAUCAAAUUUUAAUACCUAAUGGAAAAUGGUUUUUAUUGGUCGUUGGAUAUGGACACGAUUUAUUAGCGGUGCUGUUGGAAUCCGGAGGAUGUACUGCAAAAUAUAAUGACGCGAUAGGUCCGGAUGUAUUUUACGUAGAAGAAGCUCAAGAGACACUAAAGCACAUACAAAAAAUUGGAGUUACAAUUUUAGCUUCAAAGUGGAUUACAUCUAAUACGAGACCGGAAGUAAUACCGUACGAGGAACAUACAACGACAAAAGCAUCGUCCAGUAUAACGGAGAAUCUCCUUGGUUUGAUAAAGUCGUCCGACGCACAAAUUGCAUCGCCUAAGCAAAAUGUUAAUCCUACUACUAAUAAAAAGUCGCAAGAACUGCCUUCUAUCUUGAAAAAACGUAGUCCUGAAGAAAGUCCUAUGAUCUCAGGUUCCGUGUACUCUUUACACACUUCUGAAGAUUCGCUCAGUCAAGGGACAGGUGGAGUGAGCGAAAUGAGCGACGAGGCAAUGCCUAUACUUGGAAGACGAGCAACUAGAGAGAAGAUCAAUUCGGCAUCGAGGUACUCUGAUGAUAGUGAUUCAGAUAUCGACAUAUACAAGAACGAUAGUCAUGUACUCACAAUGGAUAUAUCCAACAUACGGGAGAAUUUAUUAAAUCAAGCAGAAUACUUGAUACCGAAAAAAUUAACUGCUGGUGAUAAAAAUUAUUUAUAUCACUAUGUUCACUUAGAUACAGUGGAAGGGAUUCUAUUGUCGUCGAUACCAAUUCAAAGUGCAUCAAAGGACAACAGGAUUCUUGUCAAUUUCAACAAAUGUGUACAAGUUAUUCACAGACUGCUACAUAAUACAGUGAGAUUUAAGAAGAUGUUGAGUCAGGAUAUAGAGAAAACCGCCAUCAAUCGAAGUUUAAUCGCUGUUAAAGAACAUGGGGUGUUAUUCGAGUGGGAAAACGUAAUAUUUUGGGUAAUUGGACGCCUCUACAUGAGUCCUCAUCCAAAGGAGUUGUAUGUGUGCCAUCAAGACUCUGCGCCACAAAAUUUAAUCGAAAUAGCCUUCCAGUUACAUUCGUAGUAUUUAUAUUGGAUAUCUAAAUAAAAUACACAUGUCUCUUCGA